GGUUAAUUUUUUUACUAUAUAUGAAGUGAAAAAUCAAACCACUAUAACUCAAGUUUUGAAACAAACUCUUGUAAACCUUCCAAGUUUCUGUUCUCAAAGAAGAAAAAAAUGGCAGUCAAUGAAACAAAUAUAAAGAGCUCUCUUCAUAUUCGCAGCAACAGCUUACCCUCCACACCUCACCCUCUUAUAUCAUAUUUUGAGAACAAUUUGCAAAUAUUGAAGAGUUAUGAAGGUGACUCUUCAGUGUCAUCAUCUUCGGUAUGCAACAACCUUAAUGGCAUGCAGGAUUUGCAUGACUGCAUCGAUAAGUUCCUUCAAAUGCCAAUUGAACAACAAGCCUUAUCACAGGAAUGCAAUGAAAAAUGUGUCGAUGACCUACUAGAAAGUUCUCUUAGAAUAUUGGAUAUCUGCAGCACAACCAAAGAUUGCCUUUCGCUAUCAAAGGAAAACAUUCAAGAACUACAGUCGGUCAUCAGAAGAAAGAGAGGAGUUGAAACUGGAUUAGCAGUUGAGGGUGUAAAAUAUUUGGCUUUAAGGAAGACCACAAAGAAGCAAAUUCAAAAGGCCUUUCUAAAAUUGAAAGAAAUGAAGGAGGAGUUGAUUGCUUCGUCCUUAAACAAAAAGGACAAUAAUUCUUCACCUAUGCUUGGAUUCUUGAAAAAAGCAGAAGAAGUCACUGUGAGCUCACUAGAGCAUUUGUUGCUAUUUAUCUCUAAUCCAAAAGGACACUCAAAUAACAAAAGAUGGUCAGCAAUAUCCAAGUUGAUGCAUUCUAAAAGAGUAGUUUGUGACUCUCAAUAUUCAGACACAAAUGAAUUUGAGAAAGUGGAUGCAACUUUGCUGUCUCUCAUCAGCCACAACCCUUCAUCUACUGAAAAUUUUCAAAGUCAUUUGGAAGAUUUGGAGAUGUGCAUUCAAGAUCUAGAAAUAGGAGUUGAACAAAUAUCAAGAAAAUUAAUUAGAAAUAGAGUUUCACUUCUUAACAUCUUUAACCACUAAUCAGAGUGUCUAUAUGAUUUUUGUGCACUCAAUUUUUCACCACGAGUGUUACAUAACUGUACAUGAAUGUUAAUAUGUCUUCUUAGUAAGUGAAUACUAUUAUU